AUGGAACAGUCUAACAAACUGAAACCAACAGAAAAUUUAUCGAGGCGUAGUCCACCAAAAAUAACUUGGCAACAUUCAUGGUCAUCAGAUGAAACAAAAAAUGGAUUAGAAAACUCUCACUUUGGAACUAUUCCAACUGAAGUGAUGUUAGACAUAUUCAAAUAUUUGUCUGUACAUGAUUUAGGUAAUGUCUCAUUGACUUGUCGUUCAUUUAAAAUGAUUGCCGAUCAAGAUGAAAUAUGGAAACUAAAAUAUAAUUCAUCAACAAAAUUACAUUCAAAAUCUUAUAAAGAAAUUUAUAUAGAUUGGAUGUAUGAAAAAUAUUUACGUAAUAUAGAAUUAGAAGAAGUCGAAGCUCACUAUCAUGAAUAUAGCUCAAAUUUUGCCUGUGGAGAACCAUGUGAACCACCUCGAUAUCCUAUUCGACCAGAAGGUCAACAUCGUUUUGCAUCUAUUGGUGGAUUCAAACAACAUCCAAAUGAAUCACAAGAUAUGUAA